AUGUCCACUGAGCAACAACAACAUCAUGAGCCACAAGACACCAGUAGCGAUGGCAUACAUGUACUAGUAGAUCAAGUGAUUGCUCACCUGCAGCAAGAUUUGAAGAUCAACUUUGUGGCGUUUGACUUUGACCACACGAUAUUGUCGAUUCAUACGGGUGGCCACUGGGGCGGCAGCGUCAAGGAAUUGUGCCAACAUGUCCGUCCGUCCGUGGCAGCACUGUUGCCACGUCUGGUGGCGCGACCCGACAUGUACUGUGCCAUUGUGACUUUUUCCAGUCAACCCGCAAUGGUCCGGUCCGUGGUGGAUUUCAUCCUUUCCAAGAACAAAAAGAAAAAAGCAGUCCUGCUGCCCAUUCGCGCCGAAGAUGGCUCCUGGAAGACACCCAGUGCCGUAUCGUCGCGAGAAGAAGAAUGGUGGAAAGAAGAUGAAUUUGGUUUGGACACGGACGAUCUCGAGGGGAAACAGCCACACAUGGUCAGUGCCGUGGAAGAAUUGGAAUUUUUAGUACCCGGGUUGGAAAUUCACAAGGCCAGCACCGUUUUGAUUGACGAUGACAAGAACAAUAUACGAAUCGCCAGGGACAAUGGAGUUCGGGCAGUCUGGUUGGAUCCCAAGAAUCCACAACAACUCUUGGCGGAUUUGAAACAACUGAAAUGA